UUCAUUCUGUAUAAACAAUCACUGAUGUUACGAUCCUUGUUAUCUAAAGAGAUGAAUAACAGUCAUCACGUUGAACAAUCACUGAAUUUUUAUGCUGCAUUCCUUCAAUUUCCUAUAAACAUUGUUGGUAUCCUUAAUAACUUCCUGUUACUUUAUGCUCACGCCAAAGAUCCUUACAAGAUCCUAAAACGUUGUCACUUCAUCAUCAACGUCGGUGUCGUGGAUUUUAUUGGAUCGUUGCUGUUGUUUCUUUAUACCACUCUAGUGCUUGGACGUGUUUUCAACCCUGAAGAUCAACUGUUGAUUAGUCGUAUCUCAAAUAGAGUUGUAUCACUCUUUUUCGCUGCGUCGUUGAUGUCAUUUUUUAGCUUGGCAAUUGAACGAUUUUUAUCCGUUGUCUAUCCGCUAUGGCACAAAGUUCACGUCUCAAACAAAGUGUGUAGGUACUGGCUUGCUGGAAUGUGGCUGUUCGUUUUCACUUCUGAGUUAUUGCAGCUCUUAAUAAAGAGUAUCGAAUUUGAACUUUUUCGAGUUGGGCUUUUUUUCAUUGAGUACUGCACCACCAACAUGCUAUAUUAUGCAACAUAUAUAUCAAUCGUGAAACAACGCAAGGCCCUCGAGAAAAGAAGCGAAUCAAGUCAUAUCAACAAACGAGCAAUACAGAUUCGCCUGAGAAAUGAAAAAAGUUUUUUGUCAACGGUAGCGAUAGUUUGUGUUAUUUUUACAGUGCUAGUUUCUCCAACGAUUGUUUUUCUUGUUUUCCUUUUUCUGAAGAAGAAUAGAUUAAGCAACGUUGCCAAAAAAAUCAUACGCUACUUUCCUUGGGUGUUUGUUAUGGUGUCUUUGAACUACGCCAUUAAUGUACCGAUAUACGUUUGGCGUCUACCUAAAUAUAGAAAAACUUUUAAGAAACUUUAUUGCCGUAAUUAGACACAGGUUUCCUGAGAUGAUUACUUCAGUUUUGCCGUAGAAGUUAUAUUUAAAGAUACGUAAUAUGAUGACUCUGAAGUUUGUAUACGUACGAGAAUUAAACUACCGGCAUAUUGUUGUAUUUGGUCAAACAGGAGCAUCCUUUAUGAUUCCACCUUUCCAAUCAUGCCGUUUUCCUUAGUUUGUCGUCAAAA